AUGGAUGGCAAACCGCCUCCAUUUCAGGUCCAAGCACUUCGGUGGGUGAAGACAGAAAUUGUCAACUUUGGUGGUGAUCCAAAUCGGAUCACUCUAGCUGGACAAGGAGACGGUGGUUGUGCAGUUUGUGCACACACGCUGAGCCCUAUGAGUCAAAACCUUUUCAACCAAGCUAUCGUACAAAGUGGACCCCUUCAAAGUUGUUACUCUCCCGAUCUGGCUUCGACCGUAUCACCGCAAACAACACAGAUGCCAGUGCUACAGUAUGAUGCUGGGGCACCGUAUAACCAAGGAUCGCCGGGAUAUAACAAUCAAGGAAAUCAACAGCAAAUGCCCCUGAAUCAGGGUUCGAUCCGCAAUGACCCUGGUAGUUCAUAUAAUGCCGGUAACAUUAUGUACGAUGUGUCGGAUCCUAGUCAACAGCUUGCCCAACAGACGACAACCGCUUCCUGGAUGAUAGUGCGUGAUGAUGCAUUUCUGCCGGAUUCCAUCGAAAAUCUUGCCGCACGCCGUCCACGAAUUCCGAUUAUAAUCGGCACUGUGCAGGACGAGAAUGCGGACUACGCUUUCAAACUUAUUUCAACUGGUGAGUCAAACGAAAGUCAAGGUGAAAUGUUCAACAACUGGAUGUUGGAUUUUGCCCGUCAGAAUCGACUCGAUCCAAACACUGCCAACCAGGACAAGUUUCCUGUGAACAAACGACCAGAACGGCUCUAUGGCAACCUAGUCGGAGGAUAUCGGAAUACUGCUGGCGUAUACCCUGCUCAGAACUCUGGUAAUACUUACCAGAACAACGGCUACUCUGGUCAGAGCAAUGGCUACGGUAAUCAAAAUGUCGGCUACAGUAACCAAAACAAUGGGUACGGUAACCAGAAUGGAGGAUACAGCCAAGGCCAGCCCGUUGCCUACGGCCCCGUUAAUGGUCAAGGCAGCAAUCAGUACCCUGUGCCAGGAUCGGCUAACGAGUUCGGCCUGCAGUAUGAUCAAAAUAUAUCGUCCGAUGCGGGUACCGUGUCUCAGACGGCCACUGAAAUCGAUUCGUUCAUGCAAAAUGGCAAUCAAUAUGUCAGAGUGUAUCAGUUCACACAUGUUAGUGAUCUUGGACGGCAAAAUUGCCCGAUACAGUCAUGGAAACCCGUUUACAAGGGCCAAGAUAUGAUAUUCUUGUUCAUGAGUGAGACGAUCUGGAGCUCAGGGAAUAGUGCUGCUCCAACAACGGACGACUUCCGUAUGGCCGAUCAAAUGGGUGAAAAAUGGACGCAAUUCGCUAAGGAGGGCCAAGUAUCGAGUUGGCAGCCGUCCAACCCCCAAGACUACAGCUAUUGCAACUUGAACCGACAACCGACUGUACAGAGCGGAUAUGCACAGCAAGCACGAAAUGUAUUCAAUAACCAAGUGGAUCCUAUCGUACAGCAGGUAAGGUGUCAUGACCACAACGGUUGCAAUCGUUAA